UACGCUGGGUUGCAGAAACGAGCCUUUUGCACUUCGCUUUGCGGGUCUGCCCUUGCAAUUUCAUUGAACAAAGCCCCUGCAAAAUCCCUGGGUUAUGAAAUAUUUCCUCUCCAUCAGGUCCUGGACAAGAGAUGGCAUCUGCGGAGCCAGAAAAGGAAGUCCUUGCCUUAUAGAGAGCGCUCUCGGUGUGACACAAUGGCUGAUAUAAAGUGUCGGGAGAGCUGAGCCGAAGGCAAAGGAACAAAGGAAGAUCAAGAUUCGGUGGCUGUCUCGGACAAAAGGAAAGCGGAAAGUGUCUCGGGGAUGGAUAAAUUUAAGGCUGCGCUUGUGCUGGCUGGGGUAGGGGAUGCUCUUGGUUAUCGCAAUUUCUCCCGAGAAAACAAUGCCUUAGGUGCAAAAAUCCAGCAGGAGCUGAAGGAAAUCGGAGGGCUUGAGAACCUGGUGCUCUCCCCCGACAAGUGGCCAGUAAGUGACAACACGCUCAUGCACAUGGCUACAGCAGAGGCUGUCAUCACAGAUUACUGGUGUUUAGAAGACCUGUACCGGGAGCUGGUAAAACGCUACGUGGAUGCUAUCGACAAGCUCUCGGGGAGGCGGCCAGACCCCGCCACCAUUGAAGGCUGUAGAGAAUUAAAACCAGACAACUACCUUCUUGCUUGGCACACACCGUUCAAUGAAAAGGGUUCUGGAUUUGGAGCAUCCACAAAAGCCAUGUGUUUAGGGAUGCGAUACUGGAAGCCGGAAAGGCUGGACUCUCUUAUUGAAGUGAGCAUUGAAUGCGGACGAAUGACUCAUAACCAUCCUACAGGCUUUCUAGGGUCCCUAUGCACAGCUCUCUUUGUGGCGUAUGCAAUACAAGGGAAACCCCUUGCGCAGUGGGGAAGAGAGAUGAUGAAGGUUGUGCCGAUGGCUGAAGAAUACUGCAAGAAGACCAUUCGCCACAUGGCAGAAUAUCAGGAGCACUGGUUUUACUUUGAAGCCAAGUGGCAGUUUUAUUUGGAGGAGAGAGAAAUCAAUGAGGAAAAUCAGAAUAAACCUGUCUUUCCGGACAACUAUGACGCAGAGGAGAGAGAAAAGACAUACAGGAGGUGGAGCUCGGAAGGCAGGGGUGGGAGACGAGGCCAUGACGCCCCCAUGAUCGCCUACGACGCCCUGAUGGGCUGCGGCGGGGACUGGACGGAGCUCUGCAACCGCUCCAUGUUCCACGGAGGAGAAAGUGCGGCUACUGGGUCUAUCGCCGGCUGCCUCUACGGCUUGGUUUAUGGCCUGAGCAAGGUCCCCAAAGGCUUGUACCAGGACCUGGAACAAAGGGAGAGGCUCGAGUACUUGGGCGAGAAUCUUUACCGACUAUCCAUGGAGGAAAACACCGAAAGCACACGCUUUUGCGGAGAUGAUAAGAUGCUGGUAGACCCUUUGGUGCUGAAGAAGAAGCUCAAUAGGAUGGCAACAGAGCAAGGGGCCUUUGCUGUUCUCAGCAGCCUGCUGCUCUAUGUCACCGAGCUCACAGCCGGCGAUCCACAGCUCAGCAACAAGAGGACAAAAUGGGCAGAAGGUAAAGAAAACAAGGUGAGUUAUAACCAGCUAUGUCCAGAUCCAAACAGGGGCCAUCAUCCGACUAGAUUUCAGCUCUUGCGGUCCAGGUUUCUAAACAACAAUCGCGAGCCGUACACCAAGAAAAGAAGAGAAGUCGGCAAACUGGUCAUUAAAGAGAAGCUGUGGGUGAGCAGGGCUGGUAACAAGCUGGACAGAAGCAGAGACAGGAAAGGAGAUGGAAAAGCAGCGGAGGAGGAUGCAGACACAGCGCCUACUGAGAGACCCAAAUGGAGCAGCAUGACUGGGAAAAACACAGUGAAGAACAUCCUGAAGAAAUUUUUAGCUGCUGAAGAAAAAGAAGCCAAGGAGAAGUCCCCCAGCUGGAAAAAGAAGGGGCCAAACAGUGGUUUGCCAAAAAUAGUCAACAAGAGUUCAGUCUUUUCCAAACUGAAGGAGAAGUUUGAACAAAGCGCUCUCUGCUCAGCCACAGAAGUGAAAGCAUCACUCUUGCGCAAAGGUGAGAAAAAGACUAAAAACUUCCCGAGCAGAAAAACUAUUCGUAAGCCAGAGGUCAGAGUACUGCGCACGGCAGCAAUGACAGCCACAGGUAUAAACAGUCCAGAGUCCCAAUAUUUAGUGUGCUCAACAGUCCCAGUGCCCAGACUCAGCAUCGCUACUGAAAUUAACCAUCCUUGGAGCUGGUCAAAAAAUAAUGCCGCGAAGCAGCCUUUUGGUCAUGACACACCACUGAAGGAAAAGGAGGGGUCCAACAGAGAACUUGGUGAAAACGAAACACCAGCAAAUGCAGCACAGGACAGGGAGGACAAAGAAGAGUUACCAGUGACACCCAAGGCCAUGUCUGAUGCAAAGGAUCAUGCUGAGGCUAAAAUAGAUUCCACAAAGCUAGGACCGGACUUUAACCCUAAUCUAGAUAGCUCUUCUACUACCUGUAAAAACAAAGCUCUAGCAGACUGCAUUCGUCCCUUUUCUGAACGUAGUCUAGAUUGCAACAGGAAUAACAUGCCGGCUGGGCCUGAUACAUCUUCACUAUUGGGGAUUACCAAUGCUUCUAAUUCACCUUACUCUAGCACAGCUGAAGGAUCCCAUGAACAAAGUCCUCAGGAUACUAAACCAGGUGAGAUUCCUGAAAUAACGAUGUAUGUAUACAGUUCAGAGGAAGCCGACACAGACCUCAUACUGCCAGAAAAGGUUCCCUUCUUUGCAGGCCAAAAAUCUUUUCCAGAGCUGAAAGCACUGGAAAACUUUCUGCCAUUUCACUCUCCGGGAGUUCAAGCAUGUUGUAAAAUUGAGCCUCCAAUGAAGGAUCGACAGGUAACUCUCCUAACACCAGCUUCUGGCAAAAGACCACUCAUAGUCCAAAAAGAGGCACAGGAUUUAAGAGGCAGAUGUUCUGAGGAAGCCAAAGAAGUAGUGAAAUAUCACGGUGAAGUCAAAAUAUUCUCCAAUUCUAGCAAAAACGAUAGUGAUGCCCCAACUAAAAAGGAAGAGGAGAAUAAAACACCCAAUAGCCAAAUGCAAAAUGAAUCCAAAACCAAGCAGCCACAGUCUCCUCAAAUGCCCAGCCCACAAAAUAAUUUUGGUAAAUCCGGUGCUGACAUACUAAAUCCAGAUGUAAAUCCAACCAAACCCACACUCUCCUCAUGUGAGAGCCAGGAGCAGAAGCCUGGUGCUGCAGAAGAAGAGCACAUCUCUUCUCAUUUGGAAAAGACACAAAGCCCUUUGCUUGGUGACCUUGUGAAGCACAGCUUCUACAUCACAGAAGAAGAUUUUGGGAAGGACAAAUUAUCUUCAUCAAAUGAAAUGAUGAAUCAUGCAAACAAUCGAGCCCUGGGGAGGAGUACCAUGACUGACCUGGAGACCUGUCACAAUCAAUUCAAAUCUUUCAUUAGGCGUGAAGAGGCAACUGCAGAUGAGAUGCCCUGGCCUGACUCUGAGGCAUGGCAAUCACCCUCAUCAACCCCUUUACCAACACCAAUGAGUGGGAUUGCAGGGCAAAGAAUACAUCACACUCUUAAAAAUCCCCCAGCCCUUCCACCUAUUGAUCUGGUGAGACAGGGAGCCGGUGAUGUGGGAGAUGAGCAUGCCAGCCAUGGCCAUGAGAAGCAUCCACCACUCUCUUCAGAUGGGUUAACAAACCAUGGGAAUGAUACGAUGGUGGAGAAGAAAACUGCAUGUGAUUUUAAGAACCAAGUGCUGCCCCCAAAUCAUGCAACAGAAAAUGAAACCUCUACAGCUGAAGACACAAAUACAUGUCAGAGAUUUGAGAACUGUCUUUCACUUUCAACCAAGAAGGCAGGAAAACAUGAAAAUAAAACCAUGCUAACAAGAAAACCCCUAUUACCCUUGGAGAAGGACCAAAUGCCAACUUCUGAUUAUACCACGAAGCAAAGAAGUGAUAUGCUGGAAGAGAACCCAUUUCCUUCGUCAACUGAAUUGGUCUCAGACCAAAAGAAGUAUGCAAAAGAUAGAAAUAAGGUCUCCAAAGAUACAAAGGAUAAGCUUUUGUCAUCAGAUGACAACGUGAAGCAUGAGAGCGAUAAGAUGGAGACAGAGGAGAGAGAGGAGAGAAAUCUCUUGCAUAAAUCUGAGGAGGAACAAGUGUUCACACCAAGUGAUACAGUGGAUCAUGAUAAUAACUCUUCAAAUGAGAAGAAUGCUCAUAGACCUCAAACAUCCCAGUUGCCUUCAUCAGACCGUGAUACCAAUAUUCAAGGAGUAAAAAAUACUGGGCAGAGUUUGAAGUAUCGAACACCUUCAAAAGAUUUUGUGAAACAUGAUGAUGAUAUGACAGUGGAAGAAAACAUCUGCUGUGAUAAUGGGAAACACCACUUGUCCUCAUCAAAUGAGCCAAUGAAACAUGCAAAUAACCGUGCAGGGGAAAAAAAAAUCAAGUCAAACUUCAAGAAGUAUUCAAUGCCAUCAAGAAAUACCUCAAGGCAAGACAGUAAAACCACUGAUGAGGAGAAAACCCCUCAUAACUUGAAAAAUGAACCAGUGCAGCAUAAAAAGAGUUGUGAAAGAGAGAGGAAUAGUUUGUGUGAUCCUAAAAAUAAAAUACCAUUAUCAAAUCCAUUGGUGAAGCAAGACAAGAAAUCAUCCCCUCCAGAGACACAGAAACAGAUGUCACCAGGUGACUUUGUAGAGCCUGAAACUAAGCCAGCCGAAAAAAAGACUAAAUAUACCUCUGAGAAGCCCCAGACACCCUCUUCAAAUAAAGUGCUGAAGCCUCAAGAAAGAAGCUUUUCAGGAGAGAGGAAGCAAAAGACACCAGCAGUGGAGGACACCAGGUCACCUGAAACAAAGACUGUAAAAGAAGAUAAUGAGCACCAGCGUUCUGGGAAGUACCAGCUACCUCCUUCAAAAAAACCAGCAAAGCAAGAGGAAAACACUCCAGGAGGAGAAAAGCAGCAAACAAGAUGUGAUGAUUUUACCAUGGCUGAUAUGAAUGCUGCAAAAGAGAAGAACAAACUUCCCAGUUUCAGGAAGUACCGAUCAGUAUCAUCAGAAACAUUGGUUAAGCCUCAAGAAAAAAAUACUCCAGAACAAAAGCAACAAAAAUCAGCUUCUACAGGUAUUAAGAAGCCUGGUACUAAUGCUGUAAAAGAAAAAGAUGGAGAUCUAAACUCUGAGAAGUCACUCUUUUCAAAGAAAGUGAUGAAGUCCCAAGAAAAAAAUUCUUCGGGAGACAAAAAGCAAAAGACACCAGCAGCAGAGGACAUCAGGUCACCUGAAGCAAAGGCUGUAAAAAAGGACAAUAAACACGACCAUUCUGGGAACGGUCAGUUACCUCCUUCAAGUAAAUCAGCAAAGUCUGACAAAAAUACUCCAGAAGGAGAAAACCAACAAACUGUGUCUGAAAGUUUUACAAAGCCUGAUGCCAGUGCUGUAAAAGAUAAAAGCAAUGAUCCAGGUUCUGGGAUGUACCAGUCCCCACCUUCAAAUUCACUGGCGAAGCCUCAAGAAGAGAAAGUUACAGCCAAAAAGAAGCAAUCAACACCACCACCUGAUGAAAAAACAAUGUAUAAAACUGGUAGUCCAGAAAAGAAGAGUGGACCUGAGAGAAGAGAGAAAUACCGGCUGUGGUCUCCAGCCAAGCACAGCAAUGAUGGCUCAGAACAGGAAGGCCCUGUGGGCGACUUCAAGAGCUAUCAAGCUCCAUUGCCAAGUGAUGGCAUAAAAUGUACCAGCAAUACUGUUCCAAAAGAGGCGAGUUUAUCUAAUACAGAGAAGUCCCCCAAAUCAUCUCCAUUUCAUGAUGCAUCAAAAUAUGAGAAAAAUCCUGCUGAAAAUAGGAACAAACAGCCUGGAUUUAAGAAGUACCAGGUGCUCUCAUCAAAGAAUUUGGUGAGGCAUGAGAAAGACGUUGCUGAAAGGGAGGGGAGCUGGCAGGCAGCUGGUAAAACAAGUGAGCAAAAAGCAGAACUGGAGGACUGUUCUAAAGCAGCGUCAUUCUCAAAAUACACAGUGGAAAGCUACAGUGAAAGACCCUUAGAUUCAUCCUUCAAACCAUUGAUCAUUAGAGUAACUGACACAUUUAAACAUCACAGCUAAAAAAUACGGCUACAGCUCAGGCAAGAACUUACAACUAAUCAUGCCACCGAUUCUCUCGAUCUUUCUUUUUUCCUUUACUCUCCAGGGCAUUAUAUUAUCAUUUUUUAAUCACAAGGACAUUGAUGUGCAUGUAUCUGAGCUGGGCUUUUUUCCUUUCUUAAACAUUAGCCUGAAGACACGAAUUAAAUUAAUCACUGCAAGUGAAUUAGCUAAUCACUGAAUUAAUCAUCAGUUUAUAAAUUAAAUAUGAGAAGGACUUUGAGAUCAGCGUGAAUUCAGCCCUGCUCCACACUCUCCUUGCUAACUAAUGGGUUUUGUUUGUAACAAAGACGACUGUUCAGGGUGACCUCUAUUUGUAUUUACUUAUUCUAAUGAAAGUCCACUAGUACUUCUUCCAGGAAUGGUGGUAGGCAGUGUCAGCUUUAAUGCCAAAAAGCGCUUGUUCUAAGCUCUGCCUUUUCACAGAUUAAUGGGAGCUGUUGAUCUAUUGCUGCACUGAGUGACGCUGGUUAGCAGAAGUAGUGGGGGAAGUAGGGGAAUGCUUCAUUUAUCUGCAGAAAAAUCCUCAAAGAAUGUUGAUGGUACAAGAGGAUUUACCGCGAAUUCAAAUGUUCAGCCUCAUUAAUAUUAAUAUUAAUAUUGAAAAAAUAGUGAUUUAACCUCCUCUGAAGCUAUUUGCACUUUGGCCAUACACUGAAUGCAUUAUUGUUGUAAAGAUACACCAUUUCAAGGAGUUCUUAAUGACUGCAGAUGAACGUGCAGAAAAAGCUCAGAAAAGCUCAACACUGAAAGGUCCUGAGGACCUCUCCCAAGGGCAAUGUAAGCCAGAGAGACUCAACACCUUGCCAGCGCAAUUCAGCUCUUCCUGGGACAUCUGUCCCACUUCGAAUCCUGGGGUGCACAGACAUGAGCCAGGUGCCGUAGCUCACAUUAAAAGUCUUAGGAAGUGUUUAUUUUACAACACAACGUGAAACGGGGCAGUAAGCAGUGUCACUGAAUCCUACUAAUGGGGUAUGACUUUUUGUGUUUACAGUAAUAGCAGCUUCUGCACAAAGUUUGCAUGCGAUGAACGUUGUUCUGGAGAAGUAAGGGCAGGGCUGCUCCCUUGGGUGUCGUAGCAAAGCCGUGACAGACACAGAAAUGUUACAGCACCACUCUCCCAUAUGCCAGUUUGGCUUAGCGUUGCAAACAUGCGUUCAGGUUAAAACUUACUGUGGAGGAACUCUAAAGGCAUAUCUUAAAGACCCACCUUCAGAAAGUUGCAGACCUAUUCAGAAAGAGAGAGGGUUUACGAAAGCGACGUCCUGCUCCCCCAUGGCAGUGGCUUCCCUUCAAUUUUUAAGACGCUCUCCACGACAGCACUCUGUACAGCCGAGGGCUGGCCGCUCCUCCAGCCCAGGUUGGCAGAGCACCCCGGCCCACUGCCAGCAAGGGAACGAGGACAAGAGCAGACUGGCAGCGAGCUGACAACAAACCGGUUUGCCAGCACAAUGCACACGAGUCACAUACGUGACAACAGGGCUGGCCCGGCUGGGGACGCUGCCGGGAGGAAGAGGGGACGUGAACGUUGUGUCCCCUGACUGCUGAAGAGGCUUAGACUUUGAUUUCUUUUCCUUCACGACAUGCCAAGAAUUAGGCUUUCUGGCAUCCGGAGGCUCACAAAAUGAAAAUCACAUGUGUAUAUCACACCAGUCCUCAAAACAGAGGCUGUACGGAAUUUAUUGGUGGUACAAGACUGCCCUUCUGCGCAGAGGUGUGUUUCCCCCACCGAGCUUUUAUAAGCUGGCAACCAUAAAGGCCACUUUGUACUAACCUAAACCGUAAUUUAUUUUUUAUUGUCCAUGAUUUCAUUUCCCGUUUGAGAAAACUCCUUACAACACAGAGCAUUUGCACCAGACUGGAAUAGUAAAUUCGCUAUUAGCUAGCUUCUCCUGCCAGCACAGGAGAAGCCGUUUUAAUUAUUCUUUUUCUAAUCUUUUAAAAGAAAUUUACGGGGGGUGUGUGGUGUGCUCCUUUUUCACACCUGGAAAGAUCACUACCCUGCAACAAAUUAAAGGACUUCUGUCUGCCAGAAAGUUAACCAAAUGUUAAGCAGGUACUCCCCAGGAGAUCUAGUCAGUGGGCACCAGGAGGCCCUCAACUCUUCCAAAUGACACGUGCAAUAUCUGUUUUUCUCAACAGAGGUACAGCACUAGGAGGUUAAGACGCAGCACUCUGUGUUCAGGACAAGUCAGGCAGGGUCAUCUUGUGGGGGUUAACUUUCAGGUUGCUGUAUGCCUUAAUCUCUGCCGGUAAGACAUAAAUCACCCAUCCAAGUCAAUUGACCGUUCCUCCCUGAAGUGCACUUAAAACAUGACAGAGAUUUGCACUAAAUGCAUCCUUAAGGGGAAUGCCUCACUUAAGGAAAUCACUUCUUUUCAGGAGUUAACAUAAUCCUCCAGGAAAGGAGAGAACAAGGCCAUACGAAUUCCAGUGGCAAUGGCUAGAAGAGCAGUAGAAGUGUGUCUUGUGGUCAACAGCCCAGACCAAGCUGCUCCAGACUACACUGGCAGGAAAUUUAGCAUUGGUGAUAAGCAAAGAAAUACCAGAAAUGGGUAUUUCAGAAAGAAUAGGAGUUCAAGGAGGGGUACGUUCAUCUAUGUCAACUGUGCCAGAAGGUGUGCAAAUGGUGAGGCUUGAACCUGGUGAGACUCUCGCCCAAGGGAGACACACAACAGAAAAUAAGGUUUCAUUCCCAGUCUCCAGGAGUCCUUCCCGGCCUCCUUUGCCCCUGGAGGAGAAGACCCGUGCCUCUGUUCUCCUUUAAGCACAUCUCCCACCUCAUCACAGGAGAGGCAGCAAAGGGAACCCUCCUGGGAUGCUAUUUCAUUUUGUCUGACCAGGUAGCAGAUAUUUUUGAUGCUUCUGUAGGCACAUCUCUUGGCUGUCAUAGUUUUGUACGACGGGUAUAAUUCUGUAUGGUUCUGUCCCUCCACCAUACUACAGCCCUCUGCUUUCCUAAAACGCAUGUCGCAAGGCAAGCAUCUCUCAAGGUACCUGAAGGCAUUAGAUCCUUAGCCCUCACUAAAUGUAGCAGCAAUUUUUUUUUGCCAGUUUUAGUAAUGCUUUCUUAAAGCCCUGGCUUAGCUAUAGAUACAGACAGACAAUCAAAACCAGACCAGGCACAGGGAAAAUAAAGAAAAAACAAAGCCCAGGUAGAAAAGGUUUUACAAGGUUACUCCUCUGUGGUGACAUAGUUUGAAAUUCCAGAUUCUUAUAGAAUUAGCCUCUCAUAGAGAUUUUUUUUUUUUAAGGGUACUGGGCAAAAUGAUAGAAAAUGUCAUUUCCCCCGGCUUAGCCUGUUGCUUUGGAUUCUCCAAAGUGUAGCUUUCCAGGAGUUUUUCAAAGCCUGAAUAAAGGAGAUGUUCAAGGGGAGUCCCAACUCCAAGCUGGACCUGGGGCAUCUGAAAUGUCCCAUCUGAAGAAGCAGGUCUGAGGAGGAUUCAGUGGUUAAUGGUGGGGUAAAGGCUGGGGCAAGCAGAGAAGCCAGGCAGGCUCCCAGUAGCAACCAUCAGUAAAGUCUUUCAGACUUUUUAUGUCCUCUCUAAUUAGGCCAUAGUAAAAUCUCCCCUAGGACUUCACAUCGGCAGGACACCUCUCAGAUGGGCUUAGUAAGAUGGGAUUCACAAAUGGAUUGGUUUGGGGUGAUUUGGGUAGCCAAGCAUGGACCUGAACAAACUGCACACCAGUGUGGUAGUACCGUCCCCUUCCCACAGCUAAACAUGUGGCCGUCGUCUCCAGCAGCCCCAUUCAUCCUCCCGCAUUUCUGACUGAAGGACAAACCUCUGCCUUUGGUCUCCAAACUCAGCACUAGGUCAACUUCCCUCUGGAGGUGCCUCGCUCUCCUUCCAUCUCCUACAGCAACGCAGCCCUCGACCGAGGCGCCUGAAGCCGAGUGGGACAAACCCGGCCUCAGAGUCCCAGCUUUGUAGAGUUCGCGACUUUCUCCGAGAGUUUCAUGAAGCGAAUGUGAUGCCCCUAUUUCUGGGGCUUCAGGCACCUAGAGAGCUCAAAGGGACCAGGGAAAGGGCCGAGAGCUCCCUCUGCCCCCCCCAGCUCAGAAAGGGACGCUAAGCCAUGCUGGAUGAGCGUUGUCUCCAUGAAACCAUAACGAGGAGCUCCCGCUUGCUGAUUUUUUUUUUUUUUUUUUGAAAGAGGGCCUAUAAAGCAUAGCUAUGCUCAGCAAAAAGAGCCCAAGCCCUGAGAAGGUUUAGCCAGUGGAAGAACACAGGCCAGUGCUGUACCACGAGACAUGAUGGGUCCACAUCAAAAUUAGGAAAUGUGUCACUGCUUUUCUCUAGACUUCAAAACCAGGAAGAAACAGUUGUCCCAGUAGUGCUGAUUCUAAAUUGUUCAAAUGCAACAAAAAAUUAAUGAAUGCACACUUCUGGCUCUGAACUGUGAAAUAACUUAGUAAUUUAUCAGCAUCUUCUAGAGUUGUUUCUCGGACAACCUUUAACACAUCGCGCAUGACAAAAAAGAGACCAAGACCUAAAGUUGUACGAUUUGUCUCAGGUUUUCCCUGUUGUACUUUUUUGGAUGUCAAUUGAGUUUGUAAUAGAAGAAAGCCCUAAAGACAACAGAAAAGACCUCAUAUUAAAAUGCAACUUUUUUCCCCUCAUUUUAGCUUUUUUUUUUUCAUUUCCAGCUGCAGCCAGCAGAUCCCAGCACACAGGGAUUAUUCAGCACUUCAGUAAAGCAUCCCUCCCAGCCCAGAGAUGCCACAGAUUAAAUCUCUGGGCUGCUGACAGUAGAAACACUCCAUCUAAUGGCUAAAUUUGUAAAGCAGGUUGCAAGCAAGCAGUGAUGAACACAGAGUAGAAGUGGGAAUAGUGCUGUGAAAAGUAGGGAAAUUUAGGGAACUGUUGUGGUUUAACCCAGCAGGUAGAAACCAGAAGAACCAUUUCUUCUCUUAUUCCUGUGCCGAUAAGGACUGGACACCAUUCAAGAGGAGUUUGUGUGACCAGGAUAACCUUGCAAAUAAGGAUCCUUAUGGAUUUGGGGAUGGAGGGGUCGCUCUGGAACACUAAAGGAAAUAUCCGUUACCUGAGAAAUAAGCACAGGGGUACUAUCAGCAGAAACAAUUUUAACUACUCUACUCGCUCUGUGGUUUCCAAAAAUGCAUCAUUUAUUUCUCUUUUUCAUUUCCAUGAGCAUGUCUCUCUUAUCGAAGGAAGCAUUUUUCACUCCUUGACAAGAACUUUCAACAUAGGAAAAAAAAAGUCUUGCUGGGUGUCUGCUUUCCUGCCAAGACUUUUGUACACUGAAUAGCCAAAGAAUCGGCAGGUCAGUAUUUUACCUCUUACAACCUGAAUGACCUGAAAUGGUUUUGGGAAUUGCUACACACCUCAUGUUACUGUACUUGGUUUGUCCUUAACAUGCCUUCAGUUGUUUGUACUCUACUGAGCUGCAGGUGCAACAACUUUGUAAGAUGGUGGAAUUUUCACUUGGCAAGCAAACGCUACAGCAGGUUUUCAAUGACACAUGUCAUGCAACAGCAGAAACGUACUGCCAGAGGGAAAAUUUCCUUAGAAAAUAAAGCCAUAGAAAACUAUGAUGCACUGAACUGGUUAUACUCAAAAGGCCGUCAAAUAGCUGUUAGGGCCUAUAUUUUAAAAAAUGGCUAGUGACUCCAAAUAUCCAUCAUGGGACACUUUAUCAAAAGAUCCGAUUUUCUGGGGAAGUUUUCAGCACUUGCUCUCUGAAAAUCAAGUUUCUUUCAUAAGAUGCCUCAUGCUAGGCAACAAAAGCCCCUUCUAAAAAAAUUGACCUAUAUUUCUGAAAUACAGGAGAGUUUCACAGGUACCUACUUGCCCCCGCAUCUACAAAAAAAGGCUGUGAACAAAAGAAUUGCUGUGCAGGAACUGGCCAGCUCACCACAGCCCUGUGGGUGAAUGCAGCCAGCGCAGGUUGCUUUCACCGCAAGAAAUUGCACCCACUUUCUGCAUGGCCUGUACCACGGCAAGCGCUGAGCCAGUCACCCUUGCCCUUGCAGGGAGGUGAGAGAGUUUUUGUAUGGUUGAGAUGCAGCCUAAAAAGAAGGUUCUUCCCAUCACUGUGCUCCCCAAGGCUUCUGGAAGGAGGCAAAGAAAGCAAGUUCUUGGACACUGCAGAGCCAGUCCAUCCUUCCCAAGAAACAACUGAGUUCAGUCGAGUUACACCAUCAGAGUAAAAUGCCUGUGUCCCUUGGGAUUCAUACCAAUACAACGGACUACCCAAAGGCAGCUCUGGAUUGCUAGCCCCAGUUACUGACAUCUUUCAUUCUUCUGAAGCAUGGGAACAGUGCAGGCAGCAGUGAUGCAAGUGUCCCAACAAGGUCCCACCAAAUGUAUCUCAGCUCUAACUAUCUCCAGGCUUCUGGAAACUUAUUGCAGAAGAACAGAAAUCUCAAAAAGACAUCUUCUUUAUUAACUCAUUUAAAUUAUACCCAUCAUGUAACAAGAAAGUCUGUACCAUUGUUGUACCACACAGAUUUCUUAAUAAAACUGUUUUCCUUCUUAGAUGGGUAACUUAUUUGUAUCACUGAGUCUUACUUGUGUGUCGAGAAGAUGAAAAUAAUAAAAGCAUACAAAAUAA